AUGCCGUGGUUUGGCAUGGAUAUAGGAGGAACACUUUCGAAAUUAGUAUUUUUCGAGCCAAAAGACAACGUUGUGGAAAAUACUGAAGACGAAGCUCAACUUUUAUCGAACGUCACGAAAUACUUGACAAAAAAUACAGCUUACGGAAAAUCCGGUCACAGAGACACGCAUUUACAGUUGGACAAUGUAAAAAUAUGUGACAGGAUAGGAACGUUACAUUUCAUCAGAUUCCCCACUUGCGAAAUGAGCAAUUUCCUUGAACUAGCCAAAAAGAAAGGCAUGGCGGCCAGUGUGUCUACGGUAUGCGCGACUGGCGGUGGAGCGUACAAGUUUGAGGAACAUUUCAAAAAGGUGUUGAAUUUGAAAUUGUGCAAAUGUGAUGAAUUGGACAGCUUGAUCCAAGGAAUGUUGUUCACCGUAGCGUCGAACAAUAACGAAUGCUACUUUUGGUCUCAAUGCACCGAAGACGAACAAUGUUCGACACAAAAGUACACAUUUCCGUACAAAAAAUACCCUUUCAUCGUCGUAAACAUAGGGUCCGGCGUCAGCGUGCUCGCAGUAUACGGACCAAACGAUUUCAAAAGAAUAACGGGCACCAGUAUAGGAGGCGGUACGUUUUUGGGCUUGUGCAGUUUGCUGACCGAAUGCAAUACUUUUGAUGAGGCGAUCGAUCUAGCCGCCAACGGAGACAACACAAAAGUCGACAAACUAGUGCGAGACAUUUAUGGCGGAAGUUACAGUCGAUUCGGACUAUCCGGAGAAGUGGUCGCAAGCAGUUUUGGUCAUAUGAACUCCAAAGAGAAACAGGCAGCGGUUUCUCCAGAAGAUUUAGCUAGAGCCACACUGGUUACCAUUACCUACAAUAUAGCGUCCAUU